GGCAGUAGUUGUAAAGGGCAUUUUGCGCGCAAGAGGGAGUGGAGGCGUGGAUGCGUGGAUGCGUGGGGCGGGCGGGAUCCAUUGGCGUUGUGUGUGGCAUGUAAGGCGACGAUAACGGCCGGGGCGGCGGGGUGUUAUGCCGAGACGAAGUUGUGGGGGUUUUGAGUAUGGUAUGGUGUGGAGUUUAUGGCGCGGCGUAGCUUUGACUGAAUCUAUCAGUUUGCCCGCUUGCACCGGAGCAGGGGCUGCGGGCAAUCACGUAGCUCGUGAAAAGGUGUGUGUACGCACCCACUGCACCGUAGCAGACGAGCCCAGAAGGCAGUGUCCCAAACCCCAGUACCAUACUACCAAUCUCGCUCCACGCAAUCUCAGAAGAAACGAGGAAGGAAAAGAAUAAGAAGAAUCACCCAUUAAUUGCUACGAGAGUGGUAUCGCUGAACCCCUUCCCAUCCCAUCCCAUCCCCAACGCCACGCUAAACCCUUAAAG